AUGGCUGUGGAGGAGCUGGGCAUCAUCUUGUCUAUGGUGGGCCUGACAGGCACCAUCCUGAUCUGCGCCCUGCCCAUGUGGAAGGUCACAGCGUUCAUCGGCACCCACCUGGUGGUCAUGCAGGUGUUCUGGGAGGGCCUGUGGAUGACCUGUGUGUCUGAAACCACGGGACAGAUGCAGUGUAAGAUCUACAACGCUCUUCUAGACCUGUCCCCUGACCUCCAGGCGGCCCGGGGCCUCAUUGUCAUCAGCAUGGUACUGGGCUGCCUGGCGUUCCUCGUCUUCCUCCUGGGGGCUAGGUGUACCAACUGCCUGAGCCAUCCCAGGGUCAAAGACUGCAUGGUGCAGGCCGCAGGGGUCACCUUAGCCCUGGCUGGGUUAAGCACCAUAGUGGCUGUGUCCUGGACAGCCCAGUCUAUCAUUAGGGAAUUCUAUAACCCGCGGGUCCCUGAGGUGCUGAAGAAGGAGAUGGGGGCGGCCAUUUAUGUGGGCUGGGUGACCUCUGGGUUCCUGUUCUGUGGAGGAGGGGUGCUGUGUACCAGAUAUCCUCCAGGGGGGAGAGAGGGCAGGCAUGGUUCCAACAAUAGGUACACCCUGGCUAGGAUGCCCACUCACACUCACAGCAGCUACGCCAUAAAGAACUAUGUGUGAGAGGGGAGUGCUUUAUUUGCCUGUUAACUUCAGGUAAAUCAUGUUGGCAGGUGUUGGCACUCUGAAGAGACAUGUCACAGCAUGUCUUUCCAUCAGAACAUUGUAAUUUUGAACAUUGCAUGUGCAUGUCUGGUCGUUCAGUGUAUUGUCUGACUUUGAUGCAUUUAGAAUUGCCCUGGAACUAUUUGAUACAGUAGCUUUGGUGGAAGUUAUUAAAAAUAAGAUAAUAUUAGUUCAUUAUUGUUACAAAAUAAGUCUGGCUUAGGUCAUUGUAGAUAUUCAAAUGUUCACUAUCACCAUGAAAGAUGUUUGUUGAGGAAAUAUCUGUUAUUGAAAUAUAAUCACUGAAAAUCAAAUCAAUGUUUUUCACAUUUAAUUUUGUGACUAGAAUCUGCGUUAAAAGAAAAUAGAUACAGCAUUUUA